UAUCUCUCUAUCCUUUCCAACAGAUAUUUCUUUACCACUUCAUGAGAAGACAACUUACAAAUUCAUGACACGAUAAGCCUGACAUCCUAGUCAGAAGAUUGGAAAGCGCCGCACGUGAUAAACUGUGCUUACAGGUUGCCGCAGUGCCGAGGCCUCUUUCCCCGCAUAACGGUUACCCUUGUGGAGAAGUAUCGGCCAUUGUCAUGUCCUGCUAAGUUUCAUUUCCUUCUCUUCUUUAAUUUCACUUGUUUUGGCACCGAGAUAUUCCAUUGAUCAUAGUACCCUGAUCCUGUUUUCAACGAUUCUCUCUCGAAUAAAUCCACACUCUUCAAGAUGGUUAUAAAACGCAAUGAGCCAUGCUACGUCCUCGGCGUGGGCAUGACCAAGUUUAUCAAGCCAAGAGGGAAGGUCGAUUAUACUGAGCUAGGCUUUGAAGCUGGUAUCAAGGCCAUGCUCGAUGCGCAGAUCAAUUACGACGAUGUUGACCAAGGUGUGGCCUGCUACUGUUAUGGCGACUCUACCUGCGGACAACGAGUAUUUUAUCAAUUUGGCAUGACCCAAAUCCCAAUAUACAACGUAAACAACAACUGCUCAACCGGAUCCACCGGACUACACCUUGCACGAAAUGUUAUCAGCCACGGCGGAGCCGAUUGUAUUCUGGUUGUGGGUUUUGAGAAGAUGAACCCUGGAAGUCUGCAAAGCUUUUGGCAGGACCGAAGCAACCCUACAGGAACCAGUGGUGAGAUGAUGGCAGCGACCCGUGGUGUUACAAAUGCUCCAGGAGCUGCUCAGAUGUUUGGAAAUGCUGGUCGAGAAUAUAUGGAGAAAUACGGUGCUAAACCUGAAGACUUCGCGGAAAUUGCUCGAGUCAAUCACGAACAUUCUCAACGAAACCCAUACUCUCAAUUCCAAGAUGUCUAUACUCUGGAACAAAUUAUGAAAGCGCCCAUGAUCCACGAACCUCUCACGAAGCUUCAAUGCUGCCCUACAUCCGACGGCGGAGCUGCUGCUGUUCUCGUUUCUCAAGACUUCCUCGAUGCUAGACCGCACUUGAAGGAACAAGCUAUUUUGAUUGCUGGGCAAUGUCUAGCUACAGAUGCACCUAGUCUGUUCUCAAGAAGCUCAAUCGAUCUUAUGGGCUUCGAAAUGACACAAUAUGCUGCUAAGACAGCUAUGGACGAGGCUGGUGUAUCUCCAAAGGAUAUCAAAGUCUGCGAGUUACAUGACUGCUUCUCCGCGAACGAGAUGAUUGUCAUUGAUGCUCUUGGGCUCUCACCUCCAGGGAAGGCGCAUGAGUUGGUUCGAAACGGAGACAUCACCUAUGGUGGCAAGCUAGUCAUCAACCCUUCUGGAGGCUUGAUCUCCAAGGGACAUCCUCUCGGCGCUUCAGGCAUCGCCCAGUGUGCGGAACUUGUUUGGCACCUGAGAGGUUGGGCAAACAACAGAUUGAUCAAGGAUACAACCGUUGCGCUUCAACACAACUUGGGAUUGGGAGGCGCUGUCGUUGUUACAGUAUACAAGCGAGCAGAUGGAAAGAGUAAUGAUAUCGUUGAUGAUGCUACUAUUGGGAAGAAGAAUAAGUUAGGGUACAACCCAGCUGUGGUGGCCAAGGGCUUCACGAAUGCGCAAGCCACGAGUGUGCGGAGCCGGACGAAGAGCAGUGCUUGGGCUUUGGGAGAUGCUGAGAAGAAGGUUGAGGCUAGAUUCUAAUUCUGAUGUAUGUGAGAUAUUGUUAGGGUAUGUAAAAUGAACCAGAAUCCGUUGCCAAG